AUGCCAAAUUCUAAUUGGCUUUUAAAAAAAGACACUGCUAGUAGUGGUCGUUCUCAACGAAGCAUUCCUCAUAUUUUAAGUGGCAUCUUUCCUGGUUUAAGACAAAUAAUGAACGAAAACAAUAACAACGAUAUUAUUAAUAAUUCUUCUCCUGCGAUUACCAUAUCUACAUCUACCACAACUAAUAUUAAUACUAAUAAUACUACAACAGCUUCUGCAACGACAAAUAUACAAUCACCGUCUAAUUAUGAUGAUUUUAAUAGACAACCACGUACCUCAGAUGUUUUUUCUGAAGCUAGAACUGAUUUCAUACAUCUUUACGAUACAAACAAUUUGUCAAAUUAUGAAAUUAACAAAAAUAAUAAGAAAGAAUCUCUCACUCAUAACAAAUUUCCUGGUUCAAAAAACACAUAUUAUAGAAAUAUCUUUAUUAAUGAUAAUUCUUCACUUCAUAGAAUAGGAAAUGUUUGUUGCAGACAAUUUAACCCAACAAAUCAUUCGAUUUACACAAUAUUAGUACCAUCAAUAAUAUUUCUAAUAGGAAUAUUACUUGGUUUAGUUACCUAUUUUGUAUUGGUAAGAAACCAAAAACAGAGUUUCGAUGACACAAUUUCAUAUAAUUGUGAUGAACGUACGAAAGCUAUAAUCAAUGGUUUUGUUAAUAGUUUGGAUAUAACAAGAGAUUUUCUAGCCUUCUUCACUGUUGCUACAAAUAUUAAUAUUACAACUAUAAAUCAAAAUGAUAUGCGAUUACUUUGGGAAAAAGAUAAUGGACCGAUAAGAGAAUUAAAUGCUAACGGUGAAUUCGUAUAUCGUGGAAAUGCUUCUGAAUAUUUUCCUAUUCAAUAUUCAUAUCCUAUACCACGUGCAACUUAUUAUGAUGUCUUUUCAGAGUCUAAGCGUGCUUCAUCUAUUACAAAAGCAAGAGAAACAAAAAACAUGACUUUAACUAAUAAGUUACCAUUAGCUAGUAACACGAGCAUCGGAGGAAUUUUUGUAUUUUUUCCUUUUUAUGCAAAUGCAGUUAGCAAAGAUAACCCACCUGACUCAGAUGUUGAUGGCGUUAUAUUUGGCAUCUAUGAUAUUGACAAAAAUUUUGCAAGUAUUUUGAACCAAUUAAGUGAAGAUGGCGUUGCUCUUCGAAUAUUAGAUCAUGAUGAUGACGAUUCUGUCUUAUUUGAUUCCAGAUUACAAUCAAAUCAAACAAUAUAUCGUGCUCAACCUCCUGUUAUUUCUGAGCACAAAGUUUUGGACAGAGAUUGGAAAUUUGAAUGUUUAUUAACUUCUAAAUACUUUAAAAAAUAUUUAUACACCAGGGAUAUGGCUAACAUUCAAACUCAAAAAUUAGGCAGAACUCAAAGUUUACUCAAAGCAAUGACUGCUGAUAGUAAGGCUGUAUUAGAAGCGAUAGCUGACCCUUUGGUUGCCUUGAAUUCAAAAGGUGAAAUAGUUGGCGCAAACAAACAUGCUUUAAAAUUGACCGGUUAUUCUCCUGACGACAUCAAAGUUGAAAAUAAAAUGCAUAUAAGUCAUUUACUAUUACCUCAUCCUGAUACUCCUCCAAUUUUUGAUGAUAAUAAUAAUGGUAUUGGCUUAACAAGAGAUUCAAAUCAAUCGGAAGUGGCUGUCAAACCUGGUAUGAAAGAUGUAUUUGCAAGAAGAAAGGAUGGUACCACUUUUGAAUCCGAAGCAAACUUUUCCCAACCUGUCGUUGAAAAAAAUUAUUUCACUCAAGUUGUAAUGUUUAGAGAUGUCACUUUCAAAAAAGAAAAUGAAAGGGCUGUAAUCGAAGCAAAAAAUGAGGCUGAUCUGGCAAAUCAAUCUAAAACCGAAUUCUUAUUUUUCUUAUGUCACGAAAUUCGUAAUCCAGCUCACGCCAUAUUAGGUUUCGUAGAUAUGUUACAAAAGUCUUUAAAAAAUCAAUACGAAGAAUUAGAUUAUAUCACGGCAGCAGGAAGAUUUUUGAAUUUCAUAGUAAACGAUGUGCUUGAUUUGACUCAUCUGACAAAUCCUUCUCCUUACGAAAUAGAAUUAAAAUCUGAAGAAAUGGAUCCUUAUUUGUUAAUUCAAAAUAUUGCUAAAAUCCAAUCAAUUGAAGCCUCAAGUAAAAGGAUUAACCUGAAGACCAUCAUACAUAGUGAUCUCCCGAAAAAAUUAUAUAGCGAUCCGCAUCGAUUAGAACAAGUGUUAAAUAAACUGUUGGCCAGAUCAAUUGAAGUUUCACCGGAGGGCAGUGUUAUCGAAUUAGAGUUACAGGUAUUAAAACAAAGUAAAUCAAAAGGUGUUCUAACAAGAGUUUCUGUAAAAGAUCAUAGCAAAGGAUUUCGUACAGACGAGGAAAUUUCGGAAUUGUUUAAACCUUACUCGAAAACAAAUUCAAGUAUUGGGUCAAGGUUUCAUGCUCAAGGUUUAUCAAUGGCAUUAGCUCAAGCUAUUAUUAAGGUUAUGGGUGGUAGAUUAACGGUUGAUAAAAUCACAAAAUCUACUCAACAUGCUAGUAGAGUUUGGUUUGACAUAUGGAUAUUAACUGAAGAUGCAAAAUAUUCAAUCAGAGAAUCAUUUGAUACAAAUAUUAGUAGAAAUGAAUCUAGUGGUGGUGGCGAUGGACUUGGUUACGUAUUAUUUAACAGUAAAUUUGGUAGCGCUCCCAGUUCAACUGAUGGUAGAAAUCUUAAUUAUGUAUUAGAAGUGGACACAAUUGAUUCUGAUAAUAAAUCACAAUUAAGAAGUUCUAAAAGCAUGUCAAUUGCAAUGCCUAAACGUAGCCAUAAAUCUUAUAAAAAUGCACCUCAUAAAAUAAACUCAAAACGAUCAAAAAUGACAACAAGUGGUGAAGAAUCAGAAGAUGAUGUCCGUAGUUCAAUAAUGUUGGCAGUAUUAGGUAAUAAAUCGUCAAAAGAUGCAAAUAAAUCAAUUAUUAAAGAUAAUAAUAGUAAUAAUAAUAAGCUAAAAGAUGCAGUAAAUAAUAACAGUAAUAAUGCGUUAGGUUCUGGUGGGUCAUCUUCAACAAUAAUAACAAUAAAUAAUAAUAAUGAUAACAACAACAAUUUACAUUUGCCAAUAACGAAUGAUGAUAUAAUACAUAAUCAUAUUCAAACUAAUAAUGAAAUAUCAGUAACAACAACAAAUUCUUUAAUUGAAAACGCUAAUAUUAAUUCUUCAAGCUUAUCGCCUGGUUUACCUCCAAUUGUAACCUAUUAUUCUGGUGAUAAUAACGGACAAGAGGAGCUGGUUUUAAAUAAUAAUGAUUCCAUAAAUGAUGACUUACAAGAAGAUUAUCAUUCUUCGCCGCAAGAGCAAAGUAUGUAUUUACCUAUUAUAUCAUCUUCACCACCAUCAUCAAAAAUAACCUCAACUCAUAAUAAUGAUAGCGAUAAUACCAUAUUAUUAAAACAUCAUUCUACUACUUCAUCGUUUGAUAUAGUCAAUGCUGAUGAUAAUAAAUCAAGUAAUAAUGUCAAUUCACCACGAUCGCCAUCAAAUCAUCCAUUACACAUAACGCUUCCCAAUACAAUAUCCAUAACAAACAAAGGAAAUUCACCAUCAUCAAACGCGCCUCAUACACCUCCACCAUCAUCACAUGCACCUAGACCACCAUCUUCGUUAAAACAAUCAUCGCACCAUUCAUUACAACCGGCGGCAUCAUCAUCGCAUGAAAAACCAUUAAAUGUUUUAUUGGUAGAAGACAAUUUAGUUUGUCAGAGAGUCACCUCGAAAAUGUUACUGAGAAAUAAUUUUACGGUUGAAUUAGCAAAUCACGGUAAAGAAGCUGUAGAAAUGGUUGAUAAUGGUGAUAAGUUUUGGAAUGAUGAUGGUAACAAUGAUAACAAAGUGAUUUAUAACGCUGAUGAUAUAGGCUAUUGUUGUAUACUAAUGGAUAUUAUAACACCUGUGAUGAAUGGAUAUGAAGCAACAAAACUAUUAAGAGAUAAUGGUAUCGAUAUACCUAUAUUAGCCUUGACAGCUAAUAGUUUUGGUAGUGAUGUUAAAAAAUCUACAGAAGUUGGUAUGGAUGCGUUUUUAACUAAGCCGAUAAACGAAACUCAAUUGAUUAAUGCAAUUAACAAAGAGAUAGAGAAUUAUAAAAAUAAUAAAUUGCAACAUCAACUUAAAAAAGCAGUCGAAGAUGAAGAUGAAAUAUAUAUUGAACAAUCACCACAAUCUUUACAUUCAUUAAGGUCUUCUUGA